AGGAAACAUUUUCUCUCUCCUUUCUUUGUCUUCACUUUCUCUGCAAAGUUAAUUUCAACAAUGGAGGCAUUGAUGAUGAGUUCAUUUUGGGCUGUCAUGAUUGUUUUGGUGGCCAUGUUUACGGUCCAAAAUGUCGCAGCAGCCGAUGCUCCGGCCCCGAGCCCGACCUCGGAUUCCACCACCUUCGUACCGGCGGUGUUUGCCUCCCUUAUUGCUCUUGCAUUUGGACUUCUUUUUUAGAACGCCGGUGUUUGAUCAGCUACCUAUAAUAUUUAUAUAUAUAUAUAUAUAUAUGAUUUUUAACCUUUUUCUAUUGCUUGUGAGUAUUAAUGAAUGUAUGCAUACUUUUGCUGCUGUUGUAGUUUUAACGUGUAAUUGAUGUGAUUUGU